CAGUUUUCUCAUCGAGCAAGCUCUUCAAGAAAGUUCAAACUCAAAGUGAAACCUUGAAGAGUUUAAAUCCUUUAGGAGAGAGCCAAAAAAUAAAAUAAAAUGGGAGCCACAAUGCGAGUUCUGAUGAUGAUUGCCAUGGCGGCAAGCCUUGUUUCUGUUUCCUAUGCAGCUACGGGGACUGCAACUUUCUAUACACCACCUUAUGUUCCCUCUUCUUGUUAUGGCUUCCAAGACAAUGGGGUGAUGAUUGCAGCUGCAAGUGAUGCAAUCUGGGACAAUAGGGCUGCCUGUGGGAGAAACUACAGAGUGACAUGCACUGGACGUACAAACGAAGGUGUCCUUCAACCAUGCAGGGGCAGUGUUGUGGUUAAAAUAGUUGAUUAUUGUCCCCCCGGGUGUAGAGGAACAAUUGAUCUCUCCCAAGAAGCGUUUGCUAUCAUUGCUGAUCCAAAUGCUGGAAAAGUUAACAUUGAAUAUGACCAGGUUUGAAGUUGAAUUUUAAAAGCUUUCAGAAGGCCGAAAAGGAUGUCCAGAAAUAAGUAGAUUUCCCAUGGGAAUAUGUACGCUACAAAAUCUAUGUAUGAGCUACUACUUUGUAGCUUGUACUUAUGAGUAAAUAAGAUUACAUCUGGUGAAAGCCUCUGAAACUUUAAUGGUGCAUUAGCUUGUUUCAUUUGGAUUUUAACUUUUUCUUUUUCUUGA